AUGUCGGCGCAGGCGCUCAUGCGCCUAGGCUUCUCUCUCUUACGUAUAGGCCGUAUGGGGGAUGCAGGCAUAGACUUGAUUGGACACUGGGUGCUGGGACCUCUCAGAGAACCCAUGCCCGUCAUCGUACAGUGCAAGGCAAGGAGUAAUAGUGUCAACCCGAAACACAUCCGCGAACUCGAAGGAUCUUUCCAGGGUGUACCACCGCAUUGGCGCAACAAGGAUGUCUUGGGGCUAUUGGUAACAACAAAAAAGGCUACGACGGGGGUGAUGAAAGCUAUAGCGAACAGUUCGUGUCCUAUGGGCUUCAUACUCAUAUCGCGGGAGGGACUAGUGGAGCAAUUUGUUUGGAACCGGGCGGCAACUGAGAGAGGGCUGCAAGGAGUAAGUGUCACGGUGAGGCAUACCCCGCGGGCUUUACUGGAAGAUCCUGAGGAGGGAUUAGAAGAGGACGCGAGGGUAUCAAAGAAGAGUCAGGACAAGUUCAAAACUUCGGGAACGAUGAAAGACAUACAAUUAACCUGGAUGGGAUCGCCCAUCUUUCCAGACAGGGACAACCUCGACCAGGAAACCCUCAAGCUCAUGCGCCAGAUCCCAGCCAACAUUGUGCAUGUACCCGCCCCCGUCGUUGAAGUGGAAGAGCCACCCCAAGGGUGUUCCAAGGAUUCUGCAAAGGACAAGAAGAAGGCCACUUCAGCCGUUGCGCCCAAAAUCGGUCGGCCCAUAAAAAUGUGGUCCGAGAAAGCGCCUCGUCCACGCGGAGGCCAAAUCUCAGGCACCUUAAAGAAGCCUACCGAAGGUCAUACCAUGGGAAGGCCUCCAGGAUCGAAGACUAAGCGUAGAGCGGGCGAUGAGCCUGUGGUGAUAGAGAAGCCACCGAAGCCACCGAAGGACCCUCACCGUCAUAAAAAGCUCAGGCAGCAGAUACCUACCUGCCGUCCACGACUGGGAAGACCCCCUGGAUCGAAGAACAAACCCAAGGUACCUGUUGAUACUGGCUGA